AAUUGAAUCAAGACUUGUUUCAAUCUACAAUGGAACAUGUUGAAAAAGUACUUCGAGAUUCUAAAAUAAACAAAAGUCAAAUUCAUGAAAUUGUUCUAGUUGGUGGUUCAACACGUAUUCCUAAAAUUCAAAAGAUGGUAUCCGAGUUCUUCAAUGGUAAAGAACCAAACAAAUCUGUUAAUCCUGAUGAAGCCAUGGCCUAUGGUGCCGCCAUUCAGGCUGCUAUUUUAACUGGUGAUGCUUCUGAAAAGACUCAAGAUUUACUUUUACUCGAUGUCGCUGCUUUAUCUCUGGGUAUUGAAACUACCGGCGGUGUCAUGACACCGCUUAUUAAACGUAAUACUACUGUACCUACUAAGAAAUCCGAAAUUAUUUCAACAGAUUUUGAAAAUCAAACGGAAAUGCUUAUUCGAAUUUAUGAAGGUGAACGUGCCCGUUCUAAGGAUAACAAUUUGCUUGGAGAAUUCAAAUUGUCUGAAAUUCAUCCAGCACCAAAGGGUGUUCCACAAAUCGAAGUUACCUUUGAUAUCGAUGCAAACGGUAUCUUAAACGCAUGUAUUAGAUAUUCAAGUUUUAUUAUCGCUAUUGUAUCCGCUGUUGAUAAAACAACUGGAAUAUCGAAUAAAAUGACCAUCACGAAUGAUAAAGGUCGAUUGUCAAAGGAAGAAAUCGAACUUGCUGAAGCCGAGAAAUAUCGUGAAGACGAUGAGAAAAUUGCACAAAAUAUACAGGCACGAAAUAGUUUGGAAAGUUAUGCAUAUAACUUACGUAAUAUACUUCACAGCGAACAAGUUGUUGGUAAUCUUGACCUAGCAAGCAAGAUGAAACUUGAAGAUGCAAUUCAACAAUCGAUUACAUGGCUUGAAAAUAACCAAGAGGCAAUGAGGGGGGAAUAUGAUUAUAAACAAAGGUCACUCAAAAAGAUAGCUGACUCAAUAAUAAUGAAAUUUUGUGGCACAAGCGCCAGUUUUGGUCCAGGGCCACCUUGUUGUAUCUGGCAUUCCCAAAUGUUUCCGAUUUCUAAUUGUCUCAAUCUUGAAAAUCCACUUAAGCAUGAACCUAAAUUCGAAAAUCGGUUAUAUACAGUUGAACUUGGACAUAUCGUCAAAUACGCCGUUUCGGAAUGGGAUACUAUACGGUCUGAAUGA